AUGUCGAAAAUGGGAAGAAUCGAAUCGGACACCGAUCCGAACACCGAAUUAAACGCUGCUCAACGCCGAGGUGAAGCGAUAGAAACAUCGAGGAAAGCAAUGGCAGGGGGAAAUAAACAGCACCAAAUUCAUACAAACACCACAAGACUAGAUGGAGAGACUGAAGUAUUGCACCACGAACGUGUCCCAUUAUCACUAGGGAAAGUUAUGCAGCAGGCUCGUCAGGCGAAAGAAUGGACACAGAAGGAUCUCGCUACUCAUAUUAAUGAGAAACCGCAAGUGGUCGCUGAAUAUGAAAAUGGUAAAGCAGUUCCAAAUCAGCAGAUUUUGACAAAAAUGGAACGAGCCUUGGGUGUAAAGUUACGAGGUAAAGAUUUGGGUCAACCACUGUCCUCAAAAGCAUCAUCAAAAAAGAAAUAA